AUCGGCAGAGGAAAAAAAGAAAAAAAAACUCACAGUCGCCAUGAUACAGCAGCGGAAGCGGCAGAGAAGUAGCUAGAAAACAAAAGAGAACACGCAGUCGUACUCGCGGUCUGGUAUGCUCUUGCAGUGUUAUAGGAAUGCCCAAGGAAAAAUAUGACCCGCCAGAUCCCAGGCGGAUGUACACAAUUAUGUCUACCGAAGAAGCAACAAACGGGAAGAAGUCAUACUGGGCUGAGCUUGAAAUCAGUGGCCGAGUAAGGAGUCUCAGCACAGCCCUGUUUUCUCUCACCCACCUCACUGCCCUGCACCUAGCUGACAACUCUUUGUCACGCAUCUCACCAGACAUUGCCAAAUUACAAAACCUGGUGUACCUGGAUCUCUCAUCCAAUAAGAUCAGAAGCCUGCCGUCAGAGCUCGGCAACAUGGUGUCUCUCAGGGAACUCCUUUUAAAUAACAACCAGUUGCGGGUUCUGCCAUUUGAAUUGGGGAAACUCUUUCAGUUACAAACACUGGGGUUGAAAGGAAACCCACUUGCACAAGAAAUUAUGAGCCUCUACCAGGAACCUGACGGCACGCGGAGACUGCUCAACUACUUGUUAGACAAUCUGGCAGGGGCUGUCAAGCGCAUUUCAUCAGAGCAGCCCCCAGCCCGGUCAUGGAUCUCACUCCUGGAACCAGACCGAGCACGGCCCUCAGCGCUGUUCUCUGUGAUGUGCUACAAUGUGUUGUGUGAUAAGUACGCCACACGACAGCUAUAUGGUUACUGUCCCUCAUGGGCUCUAAACUGGGAAUACAGGAAGAAAUCAAUCAUGCAGGAGAUCAUGGGCUGCAACGCAGACGUCAUCAGUUUACAGGAAGUUGAGACAGAGCAGUACUACAAUUUCUUCUUGCCUGAGCUGAAGGAGCAGGGAUAUGAAGGGUUCUUCAGUGCAAAGUCACGAGCUAGGACUAUGUCAGAGUCAGACCGUAAACACGUAGAUGGGUGUGCAAUUUUCUACAAGGGAGAUAAGUUCAGUGCAGUGCAGAAACACACAGUGGAGUUCAACCAGCUCGCCAUGGCUAACUCUGAGGGCUCAGAGGCUAUGCUGAACAGGGUGAUGACCAAGGACAACAUCGGAGUCGCUGUACUGCUUGAAGUCCGUAAAGAGAUGAUGGAGCUCUCCUCUGGAAAGUCACUGCACGGUAUGGAGAAACAGCUGCUCCUGAUCGCCAAUGCCCACAUGCACUGGGACCCAGAGUACUCUGACGUGAAGCUGGUCCAGACCAUGAUGUUCUUAUCAGAGGUGAAGAACAUAGUGGACAAGGCCAACCGCAGCCUCAAGUUGUCCUCUGUCUCUGGUGAAACUAAUGCCAUUCCACUGGUGCUGUGCGCUGACCUCAACUCCUUGCCUGACUCUGGCGUGGUGGAGUACCUGAGUACUGGUGGAGUGGACUGCACCCACAAGGACUUCAAGGAGCUUCGUUACAGCGACAGCCUGACCAAAUUUAACUGCAACGGCAAGAGCAACACGCCCAAUGGCAGGAUCACCCAUGGCUUCAAGCUGAAGAGCACUUACGAGAACGGCCUGAUGCCUUACACCAACUACACCUUUGACUUCAAGGGUGUCAUUGACUAUAUUUUCUACUCCAAGCCUAACCUGAACGUGCUGGGUAUCUUGGGCCCCCUGGACCCCCACUGGCUCGUAGAGAACAAUGUCAGCGGCUGCCCACAUCCCCACAUCCCCUCCGACCACUUCUCCCUCUUCGCCCAGCUGGAGCUGCUCCUGCCCAACUUGCCCCCCCAGGUCAAUGGGCUCCAUCUGCCUGCACGCAGGUAGUGAGUCCCUGCCACACCGCCAGGGGGAACUGCAACCACAGCCUCUCCCUGUUAACCCUCCUCCCUCCCACUACCAGCUCUUCCCUCCACCACACCGGAGAAGGAAGACAAAAUAAACCACAACCUGUAAAAUAUUCGUACAGUGAGGUCUGGCCGACAGGGAUUUCGUAUAAUGUUAUAGAUAUUCUAUAUUUUUCUUUUUCCUUCCUCUAUUUUUCUUUUUUUUGUUUGUUUUUUUAACCGCUCAAACAGUCCUGUGCAUCAUAUUUUGUGUUUUGGGUCCUUUUCCUCAUCAACAUCCUCCCAGCCACUUAGCUUCUGUCAUCUAAACUAGUGGGGAUGGUAGCUUAUUCAGAUUAAACACAUGGAGGCGCUGUUUUGUAGGAGAUUCGUAGUGUCUGCAGGGAUGACAUCUACCUGGAAAGCUCCAAAGCUGAUGGUCUGCUUGUCCGUCUGUCCUGUAUAAAUCUAAAACCAGCAAAGACAGCGGACAUGUCAGUCUCAGACAUCCAAUAUUGGCCUAUGCUUGUACUCCCCGGUAUCUCUGGGCAGGCGCCUCCUGAAUCGUUGUAGGAUACAUACACAUCGGUUGAUUCAGCUGUGGCCGGCUCAGAGCAGCUUUUAGCUGGUUGAUGUGCGUCCCUGCAGGUGGAUGUACGGCAGCUACGAGGUGAGAUUUCCCGCUGUCAUUCUGUGGUGCUUAGGCCUUUUGUGUGCUCAUGGCCUACUGUGGUGCUACAAGAUGGUCUACACCUCGCACACCGGCCCUGGUGCAUUAGCUACCAUCCCACAGGCCCCUCAAGAACCACACGUCCGAGAACUACGUUCACCUGAUUACACACGGGCAAUAUCUAGUGUUAAUUUUUCCAGGAGGAAUGUUAGACUUAGAGCAGCUACCAUCCUGUUUGCAGACUGUUUCACCCCCAGCUUGUGUAGUUGUUAGGCUAGUCUUGUGCUUAGGAGCUCGUGUGGCCCAUGUUAUCACCUUCAUUUGAGGCAAGGGGAUUUAGGCUGAUGGAAAAUGUGAUGGAGGGUCUAUUACAAAUCUUUUCCUUUUAUCUUGAUUGCUUUUCAGCAGAGAGAGAGAGAGUAAUGGCUGAUACCAGGAGUAAAACCAGCAUUCCUCUCACUGUCUGGAGUUGCCAUCCAACUCCACACAUGCAAGCUUUCACACACACACACACACCCACCCACUCACGUACAAGUAAUUUGAAGGCAGAUCUGUAGCACUAUCUCUGAGGCCAGUAGUGACUUUCCCCAGCCAUAAAUUCCAUACACAAAAGCAGUGGUUUUUUCACAAGUGUUUGUACAGAAUAGAAAUCUAGACUCAGUCUUUACAUGAUUGUAUAUGAACCACAAAAGACCUGUUUUCUGGCGUUUUUUGUACUAAGUAAAUUAUGAUCAGAUUUGAAAAAAAGAUUGUAUUGUAAACUAUGGCUAAAUUUUUAUCCAGUUAAUGUAAGAUGAAUUGAUAUUACCAGCUUGUACAAAAGACGUAAGAAAAGGUUGUUCAAGGCGUUCGCUCUCACUAUUUUGCACUCCCUAGAGAUAAACUAUAAUAAUGUAUCAAUAUUUUAUUAUUUUCCCUCCCCACCCCCCCUUCGCUCUUUCGCUGCCCUUGAUUUGAUUUGCCGGCACAUUGCUAUAACUGUAAAUAGACACUGGUUAAACUCUUGCCUGUUGCUUCUCGCCCAUUUACAAAGCCAUCAAUCCACACCGCUGUCAUCAGUUCAGACUAAAGGACACGCGAGUCCACCACCGACUCCACAUCUGUUCAUCUCCGUAUCCCACACACACUCACCGGUGACGUGUGGCUGAUUUAAACAAACACCACUCAAAACAUCGUGCCUCACUCUAGCAGUUGUCGUCUUGCACUAUUUACAUUCGACGAACGCCUGAACAACCUUUUCUGCUUUUAUUUUUAAAUACCGUUGAGACAUUUGUGAAGAUUUUAUGUCCUUUUUUGGGUUCUUGUUAAUGUUGAUUUCCUUUUUUAUGAGCUGUGACAAUGUUAUGAUGAUGUGUAUAAUAUCCUUCCUAUUCAUUGAGCUCUCUAGUAAUCAGGUAUGCUUUUUCCCCACGGACCCCUUCCCCCUACCACUUGUAGGAACAUUAGUAAACUGUCUUAUCUGAAUCCGCUCUCACAGUGUGUAGCUCCGUCAUUGAACCUUAGCACAGCUCUGUGCCCAGACCCGCCAGAAUAGCCAGUCCUCCCCUCCCUCCCAAUGAAUUUUAAAUCUCCAUAAGCUUGUGUCCACCCAAAUACCCACCCCCAACAGCCCAACCUUGGACUUUACUAACCCACUAUAUUACUCAAGCUGUGUCUUUUACACCCCUUUUGCUCAACCACUUUGUAUAGUUCUCUUCCACUUGUCACUGCAGCUCUAGUGCCAUCUGUUGACCCCGACCUCUGCAUUGGGAAGAGGUGGAAAGCUGCUUUUGGAAUGAACGAGGGGCAGUGAGCUCAGCAGUUUUAUUCUCCGAAGGCCGGGCAAUCACUUUGCUAUGAAUCAAAUUUGUUACACCCACAUUGCCUCGAGAGAGAUUUGUGUCAGUGGUGAGGCGAUUAUGCCAACGGUCACGUUAACGCACGGACACAGCUGAUGAUGAGCACUUAGUAGAUACAGAUGCAGCUCCCCUCACUCCCUGUCCCCUCAUAUUAGCAAGUAAAGAUCUUAUUACGUCAGUGUACAUGUUGAAAUGACAUUUUUAAAGCAAGAGGGAAGCAAGUAAAUAGGAAAUAUAAAUUUAGUUCUCAGAUCGAGUUCUCUUGUCCCAUUUGUUUGCCCCCUAUAUGUUUUGUUUUUUAAGUUUUGUUUUCCAAUGGAAACCAAUGUGUCCAGUUUGCAUUUUUUCCCCUGAAUUGCAUUAGUAUUGUAGUAGAUUUAAAGGCUAGCUUUUUGUAAAGUGUGAAUAAAAGAUGUAUCUCAUGUUUCCUUUCUAAAAAGAUAUUGAAUUGUGUUGUGUAAAUCAUGACUUCUAUGAUGGUGAUAUGUUUGCUACAUAGGUUUCCCCCCCCCCCCUUUGCUCCCAACUCCCGAACCCCUCAUCGUUUACUCCUCGGCCAUCACAAACCAAAUCCCCUGUAGAGAUCAUGAGAUGUUGUCUUGGAGAAGUUGAAUGUUCCUGGCGAUGCUUGUAGAAUGAAGCUUACGGGGAUAUUCAAACUUUUUCUCUAUUUUUCUUUCAUGUUAGUCUUCAGCUUUAUUUUUGGGAUGUUGCGUGGCACUAGCUGGAGAGAGCUAGUGCCUGUAGGUUAGGGCAGCAGAGCUGUCUUACUAGUGGCUGCAGUUAAGUACUAGAGUCACUAUUCUGACUGGUUGUAAAACGUGUUUGUAAGACUAAGCUAAUGUCGUGUCGCUGGACUGGUCCUGUGAUGAUUUUGAGUACCGCUAUAGUCAUCUCAUUCUGUUCUUGUGCGUCACAGUGGUUUAAAUCUGUGAAACUAGCUAGCUACUAUCGAUAGUGAUCGAUUUGACUCCCCCGCCUCCCCCCUGCCCUCCUCACCACCCACCUGUUAUGCCACAGACUCGGAGCUGAGUUACGUCACCCUGUUAGCUUCAGCCAGUGUUCACAUGGUUGGCUUCUACGUUUUCACUCUAGCAGUAUGUGUCAUAGUUUGGCUUUGUUAGGUGUCAGGUCUCUUUUAUUUCGCCCCAGGCUGCAUCUCUGUAAUGGUGCACACCAAAGCUGCUUGUUGUUCAGUUUUUUGUUGUAGGACGAGUUCAUUCACCAACCAAUCAAGUCUUUUCAUUUCGCAUCUGUAUCAUAGUCUUCAUGAAACGUAGGGCUGUGAGGAAAGCAAGGUACUUUGGUCCUUUUCCUUGAAUCACACAAACAUCCUCCAUGUCACUGGGUGCAGUUUGCUUUCGCAACCCAUCAACUACAAUUUAAAACUCUUUAAUUUCUGAAACCUUGGCAAUAAUAUCCCCACGCAAUCAAAAUGGGUUUUUAAAAAUUGUAUCUGGAAAAUGUAGCGUUCAUCUUUUAAAAUGUGGUCCUAUGUUGUUCUUGGCUUUUUAGCUACUUUUCACCUUCCGCUCUGCUUCAUUUUUUUUUCAAUAACUUUUAUCAUAAGCUUCCUGACUCCCCCCCCCCCCCUUUUCAUCAUCCAUCUUGUAUAUUUGCUCAUAUCCUCCCCCCUGCUGAUCUAGUGGUAGUUGUUCAAUGAUCAGGAUUGUCUAUCUGUAGUCAGCUGAGUACAUAUAUUGAUCUGUGUCACUGUGUUUAUGCACUGGACCAACUAUUGUUUACCAUUCAUGAAAUACCAGCAAAAAAAAAAAAAAAAAAGACGAAACACUUGCACAAUGUUGUAGAUUGUCCAUUAACCCAGAUGAGAAACCAAGGCAGCUGUUUUCAAAUCAACACAUACUGUUUUAAAAAUAAACUGAAUGGUAAACAAUGCUUUCUGUUGUACCCCUUAGCCGUCCUCUCGAUUCUCUUUGGAGUAGUUUUCUUUUAUUUUGACUUUUUUUCCGUUUGACUACAGGAUCUGCUUGUUUCCUUUACACCUACCUAUGUAUUUUCCUACUUCUGGUUGAAAAUAAAUUCUAUAUUAUCUGUUUCAA